CUCAGGUGCGAGAUGGCGGCCGCCGACGUCGCUAAAUCCCUCUACAAACCGAUGGUUGGCUGCUCCCAGCUGUAAAAAGUAGUGGUUAAUCUUGCUAAUUACUUUGAUGUGAUACCUAGGUGUUCAGUCCAGCUCCUGCAACCAGCACAGGUCGUUGCCCUUUUUGCCACAACGGCAGCAGCACAAACACGAGCGUGGUCGUCCUCAACCAGUUCCUCACGCAGCCUCUGCGCAAGCCCUGCUCAUGUAUGCUUACACCAAAAGUCGCGCCCUCCUCCCGCAUAGCCUAUUGGUUGGCGUACCGUGACCCCUCCUCAUAUUUUUGGUAUGAAUUUGAUGAAUCUUCUUGAUGCUCUGUUCUUAUUCAUCUAGACGUUCCUCCUCAUAUUGAUUGUUUGUAUUGCUUGUACCGGUUUCGUUCUUGCAUGUAUGUAUCAGUUCAAUGUUUUGAGAUAGCUCAGAUUACUUCCAACUGUGAAGAUUGACAUGCAUAUUUGGGGAUGAGAUUUUCAGGUACUAGUUUGGCACUGUAUCUAACCCGUACUAAAAUAUUUCAGCAGUUCAACAGGGGCGCGGGGUUCAGUUCGACGGUGACGAGCCAGGCAGCCGGCCUUCGCAUAACGAACUGGUGCACUUCGAUCUUGUGCGAAUUGGAAAUCCCCUGAUGCUGAGUGUGUCAGUACAACCCUACGCUUUAAGGCACACGUGCAUCCACUUCACGUGUUAGUCAAUAGUAUUGUGCAUUUGCUUGGUACCUUCGCUACUCUAGUUACAUAUCACUUGCGAAAUCAAAUAAAAUUUGUUGUUCACUUUUCUGUGUUUUGUUGAAUAAUUCUCAUGCUGUCUUCUAGGGCAUUAUGCUUUUAAUGUUCAAAAUCCUGAGGAAAAUGAUACAUUUUAGUUUGCUUUGCCGCAAGGGCAUUGCUGAAACUUAAAUUCUGUCUCAACUAUAGCCAUCCAUUUUGAAAUAGAUGUUACUUUACUUCGGGUGGUUUCUGAAUCACAUUUCACUAAAAAAUGUAAUAGUGAAAUUAUACUGAAUAACUAAAUUAAAUUGCAGUGACAAAAACACCAACAGUCCAAGCAGGGUCAGUGAUGUAGGUUCACAGAAAAAAAUUAUUAUGUAAACUUCCCUCUCCUGAUGCGUAUAAACAAAAUAAAAGUUUCCAAGAGGUCAUAAUCACUGCUUACAUGACGUUGGAAGGCAGGAAAGAAAAGCUGCUCUUAAAUGUGACAUGUAGUUUACUGUGCAAAAUAAAUAUUUGUGUUCACAGUGGUCUCAAUUCAGUUUCUUAGUUCCGUUCAAUUUCUAAUUUUUGUUCAGCUCAAUUUUCCUAUUUUAGUUCAUUUUAAUUCUUAUUUUUUGUUCAGUCCAGUUUCUUGUUUUAGUUCCGUUCAAUUUCUAAUUCUAGUCCAGUUCAAUUUCUAAAUUUAGCUUAGUCCAAAUCUUAUUCUAGAUUCAUUUCAUUUCAAUUCUUAUUUUAGUCUAUAUAUCUUCUUGUGCUUCCAUACAAUCUAUUUUCUCGAUGUACCUAUGAUGUCCAGUUUCUUUUUUCAGUUCAGUACAAUUUUUAAAUUUCAUUCAGUUCAAUUCUCAUUUUUUCCAGUUUCCUGAGUUCAAGGAAUUUGACAGUCUUUAGUGUGUAUAUGCAAGUUCCAGUUUUCCCGUAGAUGAAAAUUACCCUUGAAUGCAAUGUUUCAUAUUUGUGCACUUUACUUUCUGGUAGCGUGGUGCCUGGUGAGGUUGCCUUCCUUGCCUGGUAUUCAACAGUGUACCAAAUGAUUACAGAAAACACUCGUUGGUGGGUUUUACUGCGUUCAUUGGAAUGCAAAACUAAACCUAAUUUCCCAUUGAAAAUGACAGUUGGGCAGGAGCAAAAUCACACUAACAAGCGCAAAGGUGAAUGGUCAGUAGUGGUGUUUGAGUUGAGAAAUUCACUGCAUCUUGUCAUAGUAUUGCUGACUCAAGGAUAGCAUUGCUGGUUGACAUAUACCAGCUCACCUUUUUUACUAAUGGCAAGUAUCAGGUUCUUUUGGAAGUUUUCUUUAUGUUAGGAAGUUUGACGACUAGUCCACAUACAUAAAAGGAGUUUCUGCAGUCUCAGUGCUUCCGUAUUUUAUCCACUUUCUUGGCAUCUUAUGUAAUUUUGGUCGGGGCACCAGAAAAGGUAAGGGGCUGAAUCAGGACAUAUAUUUUACUUUCACGUUUGCACUACCAAUUUGAUUCCUACUGUCUACUGAUAUGCCAUUUUAUAGAUUAUUAUAAAAAAUCUUCAGUAGUACGAGUAAGUUGUCACAAGAGUAGCAAAGGAAAUAAUUUAUUAUGUUGAUAGCAUAUUAGCAUUUACUUUUUUGCCCCCCUUGCAUGAAUGACGGCCGUCACUUUUGGUCAGUGAGUAGCAUUGCAGGGCUAUAUAUAUAAUCAGACAGUUAAUGAGCGUAUCAGUCAUCUUGUAGCGGCAAUCUUACAAUGUGGGUGCAGGAGUGGAAGCCGGUGACGGGAAUGCUGGCCUUCGACCUCAUCUCUGCUGUGAUGACGGCGCUGGUGAAGAAGGCUCUGGAGCAAGGGCUGAACCGCCUGGUCCUCGUCACCCUCCGGCAGCUGGUCGCCACCAUCUUCUCUGCUCCAAUAGCCUUUUUCAAAGAACGGAGCACGAGGCCCAAGCUCACAUUGGAGGUCCUGGCGUACCUCUUCUUCAGCACCGUGUUUGGCGCGGCGCUCUCGCAGUACACCUUCUAUGGCCGGCAGUACACCACCGCCACCUUCACCAUAACCUUCAUCAACCUCUCUCCUGUGCUCACCUUCCUCAUCGCCGUCGUGAUGAGGAUGGAACCGCUGAAGGUGAACAGCAUGGCGGGAGCCGCAAAGAUCACCAGAACGCUCACGUCGCUGGCCGGCUUGCUGCCGCUGAGUCUCUACAAGGGUGUGCCACUGACGCACCAGGCCGCUACUGCACCUAGCCCAGGCUGCCCAGCUGCUCACCAUGCAUCACCCUCCGACAGCAGUGGCAACAGGAGCUGGAUGCUGGGCACCAUGGCUUUGCUGUUCAACUGCCCGUGCUUCUCCUUCUGGCUGCUGUUGCAGACAAAGCUGACCAAGUACCUGACCAUCUACUCCAGUACUGCCAUCAUGUUCUUCAGUAUAUGUCAUCGACAUUCCACAGAACAAAUGUCAACUAGGAUGCGUGGGUAUGUAUCAAAUAUGGCAGGAUUUGUUCCUCACGCCGGAGUACACCAAUGCAAUGGUGUGGAGGCCGUACACAUUUCUUAUUUCUAUUGCUACAAGUUCGAGUGAUAAAUUACUGUAAGCUCACAUGUUAUUGUCCAAUUAGUUCAAAUGAUCACUAUUUUCUUCAUUGAA